CUGACAGCGACUGACGUGGAUCAAAAAAAUGGCAAGCAACAACAAGUGCCAAGUGGUGAUACUGGUGAUAUUAUUGUAACAAUUCUGGCUUUAAUUCCUUUUUCUUCAUAACUUGUGUCCAUCUAAAACUUAGGUUGUUGUCGUUGGUAUCUGGUGUGUAUAUUAAAUUCAUCGUUUUAAUGUCCGCGGAGGAUAGUUUACAAUGUCUGAAUCAGAAAGUAAAAACAUCGACAGCAGUUCUGCAAUGGACCAAAGUGUUAAUGUCUCCAACACAAAUAUAGCAGCAAGCGAAGUUUCCAGUGUAGCAGGAACUGUUAAACAGCACAAGCAUACUACAACAGCAGAGAGGCAAAUAAAAUAUGAAAAAGCACAAAAGUGUCUAGAAAAUGCAGCAGCAGUGUCCAAAAGAAUUAAAGAACAUAGAAAAGUCACUGCUGAGCUAUUGGGACGCCCAUUUGAUGAAGAUGUUGGCGAUACAGCUUCUGAAAUGGCCUCCACCAUGAGUGAAAAAACUGGCUAUUCUGUUGCAACUGAUACUUCCACCACUCUGUCCGUUCAAGAUGCACUAAAUAUACCUGGUAUUAGUGAAAGUUUAGCAAAUACUUUGAAACAAAAAGAAAUUCUUAUGGAAAGAAUAAAACAGUACAAAGAGAUAAGUAAAAGACCAAUGAAAAAAGCAAUCCAAAUAACAAAAAAGGACUCUGUUGCGGAAGCACUAUACAGUAAAAAGCCUACAGAUAACACAGAUGUAUCAAAACUCAUUAAUACAAUCAAAGAAAAAGAAAACAACGUCAGUGUUAUGCAAGUAAAAAUGAAGGCGAUGGAAACAACUAUACUAGAUUUACAAGAAAAGAUAAAUGAAAAAGACCAAAUCAUAGAAGCUAAAAAUAGAGCUACUACUUUAAUGUCGGACAGCCUGAGUAAAAAAGAAAAAGAAGCUAUGGAGUUACUUGAAGACACAAAGCAACAGAUGACUAUAAUGCAAACAAAUUUUGUUACUAUGGAAAAAGAAUGGAAAGAAGAAAAGCAAGAAUUAUUGUCAGAAAUUGAAAAAAAGAAUGACAAGAUAAAACAUCUCGAGGAAGCUAAUAUGAUCCUUGAAAAUUCCCGAUUCGAAAUAAGUCUUGCCCAUUCUAAGUUACUUGAAGAGAUAGAGUUAAAAACAAAAGAGGUUAUUGAGUUACAAGAACAAAUUAAGCAGCUUUCAGGAACCAAUGAACCAGUAGUAAAAGAGACUCAUGAAGAAGUUAUGGAAGAAAAGGGAUCGUUAGAAAUUAGUAGUAUGGAAGAAUUAACUAAGAAGAUUGAAUUAUUGGAACACAUCAAUUUCGAAAUUAGACAGACCAACAAAGAUUUAGAAAAUCAAUUAAAUGCAAUGAAUAUUGAAUCAAAAACAAAUGUUUCACCAAGUAAAAAGGGCAGCCCUCUUCCUAGUCGAAAGGGUAGUCGAAAUACUACAUCUAAAAUGAAAUCUCCGUGGAGCAAAUUAUCAUCCGAAUCUUUACAACAGGAAACAGAUAAAAAAGGCAAGAGUGACAAAUCUAAGCAAGAUAUGCUGCUACAAUCUCUAAAUAAAGAAAUAUUGGAAAAAGAAUAUUUAUUAUCACAAAAAGAUAAUUUGAUAUCUGAACUGCAAUCAUUGAACGUGAAAAAUGAAACUACUAUCAGUGAGCUAGAAUUAUUACUUAAAUCCCAAAAAGAAACAGUUAAAAUGGUUAACAUAGGUACUGACACCGAUUUACAGGAGCCAACGAAAAUGGAUGCCAUUACUCUUGGAACUAUAACGGAUUUAGAAGAAAAGUUAAAACUUGCGCAGGAGCAAAUUGCAGCGCUUAGCGAGGAAAUUGAAGUGGCUAAUAAAAAUAUGGUAAAAGUAAAAUCCAAUUCAAAGUUGAAACUAAAACAAAUGCAGAAGACAAUCGACAAUUUUAGCAAAGUAUCAGAUGCGCAUGUUGAAAUAGUAAAAUUAAAUGAAGAACUGCACCAACUUACCCAAAAAGUGGCAGAAUUGGAAGAAGAAAAAGGCAAUCUUCAAUUACACCUCGUAGAUUACGACAGUGGAAGAUUAACCGAAACGGAAAUAUAUAAAAAAAUGAUUGAAAUGGAAAACUUGGCAGAAGCCAGACUGAAAUCUAUUAGCUUAUUAGAAACUCAGAAAUUCGAUUUAGUUCAAGAACUGCAUAGUCUUCAGCAAAAGAAUUUGGAAAUGGAAGAUAAGUUAGCUGAUAUAUCUCUACUCCAAAAUGAACAGGUUUGUUCUGAGAUGAAUUCUGUUCAAUUAGAAGAACAAAUAGAUGACUUACAAGCAGCAAAAAAAGAACUUGAACUAAUAGUAGAUAAUCUCAAACUAGACAAAGAACAACUGAAUGGUACAAUCAAAACUCUUCAAAAUGAAAAGGAGGAGUUGAUUCAAAAAUUAGACAAUUAUAUUCAAGAAAACAUUGAACUUACUGAUAAGUUAGAAAAGCUGAGUGCUGAAAAAGUAAGCUCCGCAGAGUCUAUAGAAAUUGUUGAAUCAUUAACAACUCAGGAAAAAUUAGAGCUUGAAGAAUAUAAUAAGGGCCUUGAAAGUGAAAAGAAAGUCGAUGAAAGUAAGUUAGAGAGCUAUAAAGUUUCUGAUAGUCAAGAAUACAAAACAUCAAAUGAAAAGCUGAUCGAGGAAACCCUGGAGCUCAAAACAAAGAUAGAGUUGUUUACGUCUGAGAGAAAAGAAGUAAUGGAAAAAAUGAAUAAAAUGUCUUUAGAAAACGACUCUUUGAAUAAAAUUAUAAUCGAGUUAGAGGACAAUUGUAACAGUUUAAGAAAUAAAAUUGACUUGCUUAAUGAAGAAAAAGAUAAACUGCUUUCUCUUAAUGAUGAGUUAAACCAUCAAAUAGAAGAAUUGAAGCACGAAAGAACGGAAAUACUCAAAGAAACAGCUGAAAUGACAAAACCGUUAACUGUAGAAGACGCUGUAGAUGGAUCUAUUGUAGAAACAUUGCACCAUGAUGAAAAAUCCACAGGGGAUAAAGGUAAUAGUAAAACAAAAUCAGUGAAACAACUUACUAAAGAAAUACUUAAACUUAAAAAUGUCAUAAAGGAAAGAGAAGAUGAGAUUGCCGACUGUCAAAUGAAGAUUUUAUCGUUAGAAGAACAGCAUGAAAAGCAGAAAGAGGUUUCCCAAAACAGUGCUUCAUUUGAAAAGUUAUUGAAAAAGCUGUCGGAUGAAAACAUUCAACUAAAGAAUGAUAUUGAAAACAUAAGUAAAGAUAAAGAUAAUAAAGUAGAACAAUAUAUGCAUCUUGUACAAACGCAUGAAUUGCUCCAAAUUGAGAGUCAAAAAAUGCACCAAGAAUAUGCGACUGCGUUAAAUGCUAGAGAUUCGAGGAUUCACGAAUUAGAAAAUCUCUUAUUAGAAUAUGAAAAACAAGUAAUCAACUAUUCCAAUACUUUACAACAGAAAGAUAAAGAAAUGUCAGAAUACAUUAAUCAGAUAACUAAAUUAAAUGAUGUCUCACAAAAACUUAAAUCGACGAUAGAUUUACUUGAAGAGGAAAAAGCGAAAGAUCAAAAUGCUGAGUUAGUUAAAUCAUUAAAUAAACAAAUAGGCUUGUAUCAGAAAUCGCUAGCGGAUUAUGAAGAAAAGUUAAGGAUUUUAGAAGACGAUAAAACACAGUUAGGAUUGUUGAAAUCUCAACAAGAAAGUCAAAUAAAUGGACUUGAACUAGAAUUGAAAAAAUUACAAGAUUCAUUAACGGAAAAGCAAAAUCUUAUAAAAGAAAUGCAAAUUAAUCAACAGAAACAAACUGAAGAGUUAUCAAAUGUGUUGCUGCAAUCCAAAGAACGUGACGAAGAAAUACAUGAAAUAAAGUUACAACUUAGGAAAGAAUCUAUAGAUAACGAAAAAUUGCAUAACAUCGUAGUUCAAAAAAGUAACGAUAUUAGUGAGCUGAAAAAGCUUUAUGAUGAUGCUACUGAAAAACUUAAUUUUGUAUCUAAUAAUACCAAUAUUCAAAACGAACAGUAUUCAGCGUUGGAACUCAAAAACAAAGAGUUGACAGAGAAAUUAAAGAAGUUUGCUUUGAAUAUAAAGAAAAAAUCGGCAAUGUAUUCAGAACUAGAACAACAAUAUCAGGAAGUUCAGAAACAGCUUGAGAUUAAAAAUGAACAAUAUGAACAGCUUUCCAUACAAGUGGAAACUAUUCCUGCUUUACAAGAAAAAUUGAAACAUGCAGAGGAAGAGUUUAAUCGAUUACAAACGCUAAAAAUUGUGUUGGAACAAAAAUCACAAGAAAUCUUACAGCUACAAUCAGAAGUCGAAGAUUUACGAAAGAAUAGUGCUAAUGAUGCGGAGAAAAUUACAUUAUUAAAUGAAACUUUGGAAUCAUUAAAGAAGGAUUUGUACUUUGCUCGUGAAGAAAACAGUGGACUUAAAUCACAAAUUGAUAGUUUAAAUAAUAGGAUAGUUGAAUACGAAAUUGACCAAAAAAAUAAUGCAAAUCUUUUAACUAAAAUAUCGUGUUUAGAAGCAGACUUAAGCGAAAAACUACAUCGAAUCGAUGAAUUAUCCAACCAGAUUGAAGAUCUGAAAGAAAAAUUGAGUCAAGUGCAAUUUGGUCAUGAUGCUAAGGUUCAGGAACGAGACUUGUACAUUGAAAGCUUACAAUCUGAAAUCGAUAGAUAUAAAAAUAGAAUAAAUCGUCUUGAAGAGAGCAUUUCUAUUAUGGAAAGCAGGCGACAAUCCUUGGAAUGUAAAGCUGAUCAAUUAGAUUCUCAAUUACAUGAAAAGCAAAAUGCUUAUAAUGAGUAUACAUGUCAAGAAGAUGAAUUAGUUACAAGGUUAGCACUACUUAUGGACAAUGAUAGAGUUGUUGAAAAACAAUUAAAUGAAAUUGAAAAUGAGAAUAAAGAUUUACAUUUAAAAAUUCAACAUCUUAAUGAAGAACUUCAGAACGUGCAACAGUUAAAUUUUGAACUGCAACAAAAGUAUAGUCAAAUAGAAUCAAAAGCAAAAGAAGCUGAAGCGGUCGAUUCCAUGGUAUCUACGUACGAAAGUCAAAUACGAGAAUUGGAUGCAAAUCUCAAAAAAAUAACAUACGAGCAUAAUACUUUAUCUACGCAAAAACAGAGAGAGAUAGAGGAUUUGGAAUCUGAAUUCAAUACCCAAAUCGAAAAUGCUAUCAAAGACAAGAAAAUAUUAAAUGAAAAAUAUGAGAAGAUUAAAGACUACGUGUCGCAGCUAGAAUCAAAAUUACAAGAAUAUAGAGUGACUGUAGACAGUCAUAAUGCUAACUUAGAAGAGCUAGCUCUGCAAAAUCAAAAGCUAGCUGAAAAAUUAACUAAUAAUGACAAAAGUCCUUCAUCAGACUACACUGAACAGUACAUUACUGAAAUUAAUAACCUUAAUUCUAUAUUAAACAGCAAAAAUCAAGAAAUUUCUGACCUGUGUGGUAAAAUUCAUUCAUUACAAUCACAAAAUUUAUCACAAGCAUCAACUUUAGAUAACAAAAACAUGGAUUUAACUCAAAAGACCGAAAUUUUAUCAUUACAAAUAAUUAAUUUAGUCAAAGAAAUUGAUUCCAUGAAGGAAAAUAAUGACCAGCUACAAAUGUUGUUGUGUCAAAAAGACGAACAAAUAAAACAGCUGAUGGAAAACAAAAAAGUAGUUUUUGAAAUGAACAUACCAAAAACUGAAGGCAUGACUAUUUCGUCUACAAUAGAAUCAAUGGACAAUGAGCCAAAAGAUUUUGAUAUAUCAUCACUUCAUUCACAAAUAAUUUCUGAUGCUGAUUCAGUGGCAGUUGAAACAGAACAAGUAGCUAAAAUUGUGACAGAGAAAACACAAAAGCAGUCAUCACAAUCUUUAGCAUCAGAAGGUUUAAUAGAAUCAACUAUCGUUCCUAAAAAAGCAUAUCUCUGUUAUAAAGAGCAAGAGGAUGAUAAUAAAGAACCUGAUCCAUUUAACUCUGAAGAAGGUUGGGGCCUAGGAACGAAUGAAGAAAUUGACAAUGUAGUGCCAGGAUAUGCUCAUUUAAAUCAGCAAAUCCAUCAAUUAGAUGAUGAAAAUAAAAAACUUCGCGUAGAAAUUAAUACCACAAAUGCAAAAUUGUUAAAAGCGUUAAAGAAAUUACGGGAUCUUAAAGUUACCAAUGAUAUGCUAUCAAAUGAACUAAAACUAUCGAAGCAAAUUUCUCAAUCUUCAUUGCUGGACAUGGCUAUUGAAAGUGAAUUAUCAAGUAAUCUUGAAGUUCUAGAGAAAAAAGUGCAAGAGCUUAACACAGAAUUAAAUAAAGAAAAGAAAGAAAAAGAUGCUAUAAAAAAACAAAAUGAAAUUUUCAAAAAUGCGAAUGACAGAUUGUUAGAAAUGAAGGAAAAAUUAGAAAAUGAAUUAGAGUUAUGGAAGUUCAAUUUUAAACAAGCUACUGACAAAAUUUCUUCUUUACAAUGGGGUGGUGAUCCUAAAGAUAGCACACAUGAUACACAAGAAACACCAUCAGUUGUACAAAAGCUGGAUGAAUCUGAACUAAACAAAAACUUGCUUAAAGUGGAAGAAGAAAACGACCAGUUGCAGAUAGCACUUGACAGUGUUAAUUCAGAAAAUAAAAAGUUAUCUAUUCUAAAUGAUAAUUUGAAGGAAGAAAUCAACAAUCUUAAGCGUCAACAACAUCAGCGACUUAUAAAAUGUGAUAAUUGUGACAAUUUAAUUGAUAAAAACAAAGAAUUAACUGUGUAUCUAGAUAAACUUGAAGAUGAAAUUAGUAAACUUAAAGAUAAUUUGAAACAGCAAAAUUUGAUUUUUGAUAACAGCGAAAAGUUAAAAGAUCAGUUAGAGCAACUACAAAUUGCAUAUGCAGCACUGGAACAAAAUAAAACAACAAUGUUAGAAAAUUUACAACACUGGGAAAUGCGUUAUAAUGAGCUUUUGCUGGGGAACAAAGAACUAUUAGAAAAAAAUGAUUCACUUGCUCAAGAAAUGCAAUCACUAAGAGCUUCGGAAAGUGAAGCAAAUUCUAAAAUAUCCAUGCUGAAUGUUGAGUUAGAUGAAUUAAAAUCAAAACUAUUUAUAGCUGAAGAUAAACUGACCGAAGCAAAUGCUAAAGUAUCUGACUUAUCUGAAGAAUUAAAAGAUAUGAAAACAAAUUUAACUAUGUCUGAGGAGAACCGAAAUAUUAAACAAGUACCAGAUUUUAACGCUGUAGCUCUAGCGGAAAAGUGUGGUACCAUGGAAGAGUAUUGCUUAAAUUUAAAGAAUAAUUUGGAUAAGUGUAAUACAAAAAUUCAACGGCUUGAAUUAGAAAACAAAGAACUUUUAGAUAAAGUUAGUAAUUACGAACAUCAAAUAACUGAACUAGAAAAUAAAUUGCAAAAUUUAAAUUCGGAGAACGACCAACUAUUGUCAACCGUUGCCGAACUACGUUCCUCAAUUUCGAGCGCUAUGGAUCAACGCGGAUUUGAAAUAGCGGAAUUAUGGAAACAACAUUUAUCACAAAGAGAAAGUGAAUUUCAGAAAAUCGAGCAAGACUUGAGAGAUCAAUUAAAUGCUUCGCAAGCUAAAUACGAACAAAUACUCGAAAAUGUUCAAUCAUCUAAUGAAGAAGAAACCAACAAAAUUAUUAUGGCGGAACAUAUAAGCUCCUUACAAAACAAACUGAAAGAAAAAGAAGAGCACAUUGUAAAUCUCCGAGAAAAAUAUGCAGAAGUCAUAAAUCAACUAGAUUUACUUCGCUCAGAAAUGGAAGACGAAAAAGUCAUUCAAGAGAAUAAAGUGUUUGUUCAUCAAGUAGAGUAUGAAAAAAUCAUACAAGAACUGAAAUUAAAGAAUCAAGAUCAGUGUCUUGAAUAUGAAAAUAAAAUAAAAAAUCUUCAAACAGAAUUAGAAGCGACUAAAACUGUUAACGACAGUUUAAACCAACAAGCUGAUGACGUGCGUAAUGUUUACGAAGCUAAAAUUAGUGAUUUAACGAGGCAACUCCAAGUUAAAGAAAGUGAAAUAUUCCAGAAUACACAUGAUUUUACAGUAUUAUUGACACAAAGGAAUGAAGAGUUUGAGACCGUUAGAAAACAAUUGUUAGAAUAUGAAAAAAAAGUAGAAGACUUGACGUACGAGAAAGAAUCCGAAUUGGCAAUACUAAGAUUAAAAAUGCAUGAACGUGCAGAGAGUUCCGAAAACGUUAAAAAAGAUUUAGAAAAUGAGAACAAUAUCUUGGCUGAGUCUAUAAAAGAAAAAAUUAUUGAAUGUACGAAUUUGAAUAAACAAAUACAUGAUUUGAACAAGGUAUUGGAAGAGUACAUCAAUAAAACCGCGGAAACGCAAGUUGUUUUAGAAAGUCAAGAAAUAGAAAUAGUUACCCUGAAGGAUGAAAUAUCGAGUUUGAAAGAUGCUUUGAGAGCAGUAACUAGUAAAACGGAAAAAUUUGUAACAUUCGCUUCGGACACUAAGCCUGGGGACGACAGCGGUGCCGAAAAUACUUUGGAUAGGGAGCUUUUAGAUGCCGUUCCCAGAGCUGAGCUGGACUUAGCUCUUUACAUGUUGCACCAAAGAGACGUUCGAUGCGAGGAAUUGACGAUGGAGCUAACUCAGCUACUUGAAGAAAGAGAUACACUUCAGUUACGACUGUCGGAUAGUUUACGUUCAUAUGAAGAGUUGAAAUCACGUUGUACCUCAUCCGGAUUAGAUAUAUCCGUAAGUUCGAGUCACGAAGGAACUUCUGAACUGCCCAGCUUCAGUGUGGAAAAGGAGGGAAGUCAUUUUGUCGACACGCACAGAGGGCAUAUCUCUCGAAGUAGCAGCAUCGGUGAUACGAGUGGAGAAAAACCGAAGUUGCAAGCCAAGCUCACCGAGUUACGCAGCGUGAGGCAUAGCCGCGACGUGCGCCUGCGGCACGACAGCGAACAGCGCCAGCUCGGUAUGCGCCUGCUGCAGCGCGACGUGGCCAACCUACCGCCUGAAGCUGUGGAACAGCUCGCGCAAGCGCACCACACGCUUUCACGAGAUACCCAAAGCACUCCAACUGUUCUUCUGAACUGGCUUCGUGGGAAGAGCACCCCAAAAGUAGUGCACAUGUGAAACACAAUAGCCACGCUAUUGUAGAGGACAAGGUGCGUUUAGUUCCAGACUAGUGCAUUUAAAAAAGCCAGCUCAGACCUUUAGCUGUGUAAGUAAGGGAGAUUUCUGAAAAGCUACUCAGUUGUACAACAUUCAUGCUCCGAUUUACCUGCACAGGCACCUUAACACAUCACCACGCGACACUUGGCUCAAAUGGACAAUGUUUGAGGAAAGUUACAUUGUUACAAUUUGUGCAUUCUUGCCGGCGAAUAUCGACUACAUACUAAUAUGCCAGUAUCGCGAUAGUGUCUACAUAACUAACAAAAUCACAUUCAUUGUUCAAGUGCGUAGUCAUAAAUAAGCUAAAGUUAAAGGCGACAUAUUAUACAGUACAAAAUCCGGUCGGGACAUAGGAUAUUUCCGUCGAUAAUACCGAUUGAUUUCAUUACGUUUUACGGCCAUAAUACCCGGUUUUCCCACCAUUUCGGGGAUCCAUAACGUUCAUGUUUACAUGCAUUUAGCAAAAGUCUAGUUACUGACUAAUAUUAGUAUUUCGUUUUAGAAAAUCAAUUUUUAGAAGCGACGAGUUACACUAUGACUGUGGUACUGGCAACGAAAGCCCGAAACGUUACGAUUUUGUUUAUUAUUCAACGUAAUUACUAAUAGUAAUAAAUAAUUUUAAUGCAUCAUCUAAUUUACAAAUAGUUUUAUUGAUAUAUCAAAUGGGUGAUCCCAUACUUUCUUGAUAUAUCAUCAAUAUCAUGUUGAUUUAAUAAAAAAUAUGAUGAAUUUUCUAUCGUAAUCGGCACAAAAAGUAUGAAUCAUUUUAUGAAUGAUAUAGUAAAAUCUUAUGUUACACAAUACACAACUUUGAAUUUUUUAUUAUCAUUCAAAAUAUUUCAACCUAAUAGGUAAUGUUACAAAUUAUAUCAAUGGGCCUGAAUCGUCUAUUACGAGUUCGUUUCGUAAUCGAAGGGAAUUGAAUACCUAUUUAUUUAAAAAAAAUCAUUCAAAAAAUGAUGACUGUUAUUAUAAAGAGAAAUCCUACAAAAGAAAAUGAUUAUUAUUAUUUUUGUUAACCAAAUUUACAGUCAUUAAUGUUUAAUUGGACAAUCUUAUACUUAGUUUAUACUGUCUGGUACCUUAUUUUAUUAUUUAUAUAUUUAUGUUCUAUUCUGCUAUACCUAUCAAUUUUCAUUCAUUCGAUCCGACCGCAACAUUUCUAAUGAAUCAAUUAACAUUCGAAUAAAUAAUAGGUCGUAAAAUUUUAUAUUCGUGGGAACAUGUUUUUUAUUUAAUCUAUUCUUUAUAAUUUUACUUUGCUAAUUAUAAUUUUAACUGUCUUGAUACUUACUAUUCAAUUGAUAGUUUAUAAACUAUUUCCUUUUAUUUUGAAUUUCUCUUUAUUUGUGGGGACCGAAAUUGUAAAAUAGUGUAUAAAGAAGGCAUUAUGUGCCUUUGCUUUUUAUAUGUAUAACGUUGUUUAUAGGUGUACCGCUUGGCUGAGAGGUUCAUGGGGUAGGUAGGGAACCCGCGCCGUUGAAUUUCUUAAUCCGUGUCAGUGAAACCAGGUGAAACGGUAUACCUAUAGCUGUUAUUUAGUUAUGUAUCGAAUUUUAUGUUAUAUCUUAACUAAUAUACCUGACGGCAUAUUAGUUAAAUAAUUGAUAAAUCUAUUAAUUAUUAUUAUUCAUUGUAAAUAAUUUAAUCAAAUGCGAUAAUUUAGUCCAAAGCGAUUGAGCAUAUUAUGUCUAUGUUUAUGAAAAUGUAAAUUUGUUUUCCAUUAAAUGGUACCUAAUCCAUUUUA